AAGAGAAGUGGAAGGGGGCGUGCAUGGAGAGGCAUCAACUUUAUAAAUCCAUUUCUUUGUUUGUUUGUGUGUUGUGUCGAGAUAGAAGCGAAGUGGAACAAUAGAAGACAAGCUUGAAUUGGACAAAAGAGACGAGCCUAAAUUUUGAGUCUAAAACUAUGAGCUUUAGCGAAGAUGUGAAGGUCCCUCCACUUGUGUCAUAAAAAGCCUCACAAACAUUCUCCCUUUUUUUAUUACUUACAAUUUUAUGUGUAACGAAUUCGUAAUUUUUGGUAUAAAAUAUAUAUAAUGUUAUGAUGAGACACUUUUUGCGUUGGUAUUUGCAUGCAAAUGAGGAGGGGGUGAGAGGCUAAUAAUUAAGCUAAAAGUUGAGGUACUAGGAAAUGUUAAUAUCAAUUUAUUAUUAUUACUACCCAAUUAGUUGGAGGUGUAGAGGGUGUUAAUAUAAUAAUUUGUGUUUAUUAGUUAGUUGGGCCCGCCGAAAAUAGUUUAUAGGAGUUUGAAGGGGGAAAACAUAAUGAAGAUUUUGAAAGAAAAAAAAUGAAAAUUAAUAUUUAAAGGUGUAAGAAGGUAUCUUUAUAGAAAGGAGAGUAGAGGAGGAGGAGGAUAAUAGAAUAAACAUUCUUUACAUAAUAUUAUUUAUUUGUAGAGAUUAGAAGAUUUCUUUAGAGGGAGGGUUAGGUUGUUCCCUAAGCCGGUGCUUUUGAGUUGAGGAACAAAAGCUGGCCCCAAAGUGAGUUGAAUUGGGUAGCUAUUAAUUUGGGGUGGGAUUUGUUCUUAUUCCAUUGGGAAGGAGGAGGAGGAGGAGGAGCAGCAGCAGGGUGAGACAGACAGACAGACAGACAGACAGCCAAAGAAUGUUCCAUCCUAAUAAGAAAGCUUCGAGUAUGAAUUCCCACGAGAGAUCAGGGAUGUGCGUUCAAGGCGACUCCGGCCUCGUCCUCACCACCGACCCCAAGCCCCGCCUCCGCUGGACUGUCGAGCUUCACGAGCGCUUUGUCGAUGCUGUCACCCAGCUCGGCGGCCCUGAUAAGGCCACCCCCAAGACCAUCAUGCGAGUUAUGGGUGUCAAGGGUCUUACUCUUUACCACCUCAAGAGCCAUCUCCAGAAAUUUAGACUGGGAAAGCAGCCUCACAAGGAAUUCAAUGAUCAUUCAAUCAAGGAUGGUAUGAGAGCUUCCGGAUUAGAAUUUCAUCGAAACACUGCUUCUUCAUCCAACAUCAUCAACCGCACCAUGAAUGAUGGUAACUCACACAUGGUUGAUGCGAUUAGGAUGCAAAUGGAGGUCCAGAGAAGAUUGCAUGAACAACUUGAGGUGCAAAGACACCUGCAGUUGCGGAUCGAGGCACAAGGGAAGUAUAUGCAGAAUAUAUUAGAAAAGGCUUGUCAAACCCUUGCGGGUGAGAACAUGGCAGUUUCCGGCGGCUACAAGGCCAUGGGGGGCAUCCCUAAUAAUAAUAAUCAGCAAGGCGGAGGCGGCGGUGGCAUUGGCGACAUGGCCGGAGGGAUCAAAGAUUUUGGCUCCCCUCUCGGCUUCCCUUCUUUUCAAGACCUGAACCUCUAUGGAGGCGACCAGCUUGAUCUUGAUGGAUUCAUGCCUCACAACGACAGCUUACUGUGCUUGGGAAAGAAGAAGCCGAGACCGCCAACACCGACAACGAACUACGGCGGCAGCUCGGGAAAAGGUGCGUUGGACUGGCCGGAUGAUCUCCGGCUGCAAGAUAUAGGUAUGGCGCCGCCGUCGUCGUGUGUGGUGGAGCAAGAAGAUGAUUUCAAAGGCAUGGAUGGGACGCUGGUGGAAAGAGAUCAAUUGGAGGAAAUGUAUGAUGCAAAGUCAGUGGUGGCAGAUGAAGGCAUAGGGGGGGAUCACAAGAACAACAACAACAACAACGAUGAUAAUAAUAAUAAUAAUAAUAAUAAUAAUAAUAAUGCGUCCCUAAAGCUUCAGAGGCCAUCCCCCCGAAGGGCAGCCCUGGCCGUGGGUAGAGCCAACCACCCUCUUACCACCGCUCCUCUCACCACAAAUUCACCCUUCGGUUAAUUUCAUUAAUCUCUUCUAGUUAUUUUUUUUUUUACAGUCGUCAGAUUACGUGGCUUAUUUUGAGUGACUGGAUGAUUUUAAUUAAUUUGGCCUAAUUUCAACAUCAAGGGGUUGACUUGCAUUAUGAUGGACGCUGCCGCCCACCGACCUACCAGUAAAGAUCCGACACACAGUUAAAGCCUUCCAUGUCAUGCACAUAUGUGCAUGCAAACCCCUUUUGACCAACCCUAAAUUAAUUCUACUGUUUUUGUUUUUUUUGUUUUUUUUUUUUUGGUUGAAUCAAUUACUGGUUACUGACAUUAUUGUAUGAAGGAUGAUAUCUUAGGUUUAUAAAUGUGAUAUCAACCAAGUUAUGAAGGAGUGGUUAAUCAAUUCUAUUCAGUUUGAUUUUAUUAAUCAACCACAUGAUGCCAUGUGACAAGUUUAUUUUAAA